AAUACAAUCAAAUGAAAGCCUCCUUUUGACGCCUUCUUUUGUUCCCUCCCUUCUCUUCCUUUAUUCCUUCCUUUAGUUCUCUCUCUCUCUCCCUCCAUCAAAUAAACCAAUUAAAACCAUCACAUUUUUCUACCUCCUUUUCAUGCUUCUCUCUCAACCCAACAAGCAAAGAAAAACCCUUUAUCUCUUGAGCCACUAAACAGAGUUUUGCUUUCACAAACAACAUCUUAACACACCCCCAUUUGCACUUUUUUCAUUUUCUUCUUCCUCUCUCUUUGAACCUGACAUCGUGAAACGUGACAAAUAUUGUUACUUUUGGACGAGAAAAUGGUCCACUAUCACCGCUCCCAUCAACCCAGAAAAGCUGCAACAGAGUCCACCAAAGAUGAAGAGUCACAAAACCUUGUCUUGGAUUGCUCAAGCUCUAGUUACUACAAGAGAACUAGACCCAAGUUGUUGUCUUUUCUCUUCCUCAUCACCUUCCUCUCUUGUUGCUAUGUUUUCGCACCCUUUUUCUUUCCCCCUUCUUUCACUUUAUCUCUAUUAUACUCUCCCGGAACUGAAAAUGAUGGGAACCAAGAUGGGGUUGAUGCAAAUGCUUCUACAUGCUCUUCAGUUUCUACUGGAACUAUAUGUUGUGAUAGAAGUGGUUACCGUUCUGAUGUUUGUGUGAUGAAAGGUGAUAUAAGAACUCAUUCAGCUUCCUCUUCAGUCUUUCUUUACAAUUCAGGGAGCAUUAAUAAUGUUUCCAAACAUGAAAAGAUCAAACCUUAUACUCGAAAAUGGGAGACAAGUGUUAUGGACACUAUUGAUGAAUUAAAUCUCAUCUCAAAGAAAGUGAAUUUGGGUGAUGUUGGUGGUUGUGAUGUCCAACAUGAUGUUCCUGCAGUGUUCUUCUCUAAUGGGGGCUACACUGGGAAUGUUUAUCAUGAAUUCAAUGAUGGAAUCAUACCCUUAUACAUCACUUCCCAGCAUUUCAACAAGAGGGUUGUAUUUGUAAUUCUUGAAUAUCAUAAGUGGUGGAUGAUGAAGUAUGCAGACAUCCUCUCUCAUCUAUCAGAUUUUCCAGCAAUUGAUUUUAAAGAAGACAACAGAACACAUUGCUUCCCAGAAGCCAUUGUUGGUCUUAGAAUCCAUGAUGAACUCACUGUGGAUUCUUCAUUGAUGAAGGGUAACAAGGGUAUUGUUGAUUUUAGAAACCUCUUGGAUCAAGCUUAUAGGCCUAGGAUUAAGGGUCUGAUUCAAGAUGAGGAAAGGAAAGCACAAGAGAAACUGAGAGAACAAGCCUCUUCAUCUCCAUCAUCAGAAACCUCACAAGAAGGUUAUAUUAUUAAGCAACAUGUGCAAGAGAAUCCAUGGAAGAAACCAAUGUUGGUUAUUCUCUCUAGAAGUGGGUCAAGAGCUAUUACUAAUGAGAAUUUGCUGGUGAAGAUGGCAAAAGACAUUGGGUUUUUGGUGCAAGUGUUAAAACCUGACAGAACCACAGAAUUGGCAAAAAUUUACAAGGCACUUAAUGCAAGUGAUGUCAUGAUAGGGGUUCAUGGAGCAGCUAUGACACAUUUUCUUUUCUUGAGACCUGGUUCUGUGUUUAUUCAAGUGGUUCCUCUCGGUACUACAUGGGCAGCACAAACUUAUUAUGGAGAACCUGCGAGGAAGCUUGGCUUGAAGUACAUUGGCUAUGACAUUCAUCCUAGAGAGAGCACUUUAUAUGGGAAAUAUGAUAAAAAUGAUCCUAUUCUAAGAGACCCUGCAAGCAUUAACAAGAAAGGGUGGGAAUACACAAAGAAGAUCUAUCUUGACAGCCAAAAUGUCAAUCUAGACCUUAGAAGAUUCAGAAAAAGGUUGCAUCGAGCUUAUGAGUACACAGUCUCCAAAUCAAAGCUGAAUCUUCAACACCAACCAAUGUGAAUUUCAAUGGUUUCAUUCUUUAUUGUGAAUAAAGUAUAUUUCAAGUCUUAAUCAUACUUAUGCAUAUAUCAAGAUAAUGUGGAAAGUUCUUAGUGCGAUAUGUUGUGUACAGCAAACAUUUAGAAAUAUAUACUAGGAUGUGUAAGUAAAAGCAGCAACUUGUAAUUUACUUAUUCCCUCAUUUUUGUUGUGAAAAACAGUUUGUGUUACAUUGUUCACUUUUGAUUCAAUCCUCCAAUGUUGGCGGUUUCGAAAAUUUUGAGAGGUUAAAGUUGAAGUUUGCUAAACUACUAGUGUGGUGUUGAUUGAAAAGAGCAAAUCUUUCCUUUUCGUUUUGAAUUCAAUCAAUUAAUGUGAGCUAUAUCUACUUAACAAUGUUUU